AUGCAGCAAAUUUCAGUGAAGGACGCGUCCUCACGCCGCUGCACACUUAUCAGAGGCCCGCCCGGCACGGGCAAGACGCACACCGCUUGCGCGAUCAUCGAGCGGUGGAUGGCCCUCAUCGACGGCUGUCGCAUCUUGGUGGUGACGCAGUCCAACGCGGCCGCGCUCAACAUUCAGGAGCGCCUCCAGAAGUUCGGCCUGCCGUCCGUGCGCGUGGGCAUGCAAAUACCGCCGGAGGAGCUGCUGAGCCAGCCGCACUUCCAGGAGCUGCUCGACGCGAAGGAGCUGAAGCCGCUCAGGGACGCGGCGGCACGGCAGGAGGAGGUCCACGCGUCCGUCACCAUCCCGCUGCUGCAGAAGGCCGCCAAGCUUUCCCAGGUCGUGGUGAUGACGUGCAUCUCCUCGGGAAACAUGAGCCUGAUCAACUCCAGCUUCCACCGGGUGCUGCUGGACGAGGCGGCGCAG